AUGGCCUCGUCAAGCGACAAUCCGUCGACGCCACCCGAGUCUGCAACACAUGCGGAGAAGAAGCGCUUUGAAGUGAGUUUUCCCGUCCGAUUCCCAUUUGUUCUAGAAACAUUUUCAUUUAUAGGUCAAAAAAUGGUCUGCCGUCUCUCUGUGGUGCUGGGACAUUCAGGUAGACAACUGCGCCAUUUGUCGCAACCACAUUAUGGAGCUGUGCAUCGAGUGCCAAGCGGCUCAGGCCGAAGGAGUCAAGGAAGACUGUACCGUCGCGUGGGGCACCUGCAACCACGCUUACCACUUCCACUGCAUCUCUCGUUGGCUCAAAACUCGUCAGGUAGUCGCUUUUUGUUUGUUUGCAGUGGAAAUAUUGUCCAUUUUUUGUACAGGUUUGUCCACUGGACAACCGCGAGUGGGAGUUCCAAAAGUACGGACACUAA